AUGUCAUUUUCACCUCCUCCACCACCACCAUCACUGGCCACUCCAUCAUCAGCGCUGCCGGUGGAUCUCCCAUUACGGCAGAUCCCAGGAAGCUACGGAUGGCCGUUGGUGGGUUCAACAUCCGACAGGCUCGACUACUUCUGGUUCCAGAAGCCCGUGAGCUUCUUCAGGAAAGGAAUUGAAAAGCACAAGAGCACAGUUUUCCGUACCAACGUUCCUCCCUCGUUCCCAUUCUUCCUAAACGUUAACCUUAAUGUCAUCGCCGUCGUUGACGUUACGUCAUUCUCCCACCUCUUCGACAUGGAUCUCGUCGAGAAAAAGGAUAUUCUUCUCGUAGACUUUGCCCCCAGCCUCGCCUACACCGGAAACAUGAGAGUCGGUGUUUACCAAGACCCUUCCAAACCUCAACAUGGCAUGGUAAAGAGCUUCAACUUAUUCUUAUUAAUAAUAUGA